GGUAUGCAGUGACAGUGCUGGUGCGGGAUCGGGCCCAUCUGCCGGCGCAGCAUCAGCCGGCUCGCGUGGUAAUGGGGGACGUGCGGGACCCCGCGGCCGGUGCCGUCAAGGGACGGGACGCCGUCAUCAUCCUCCUGGGGACAAGGGACGACCUGGGCCCCACCACGGUGAUGUCUGAGGGUACCAAGAACAUCGUGACGGCCAUGAAAGCCCAUGGCGUCCGUAAGGUGGUCGCCUGCCUCUCAGCUUUCCUGCUGUGGGACCUGCAGAAGGUGCCCCCCCGGCUGGUGCCGGUGACAGCGGGCCACAUCCGCAUCUCCAAGCAUGCCCUCGGCCAUUUCCUUCUCCGCUGCCUCCGCACCUCCUGCUACGAUGGGAAAAGCGUCUACGUUUCCCGGGAUUAUUCCAAGGAUUAG